AAUAAUAUGUACAUUGAAUCUUCUUAAGAAGACAUACAAAGUCUCCUCGAACACACUCUCUCUCUCUCUCUCUCUCGAAAUUGUGUGUGGCAAAUAUGUCAUCAGCUGUAGUUGCAGGUGCCUCCUCUUCUUGCUCUGCUGCUUUCACAAGGAACCUCUCCAUAAAAACUGCUACAAACCCCUCUCCAAAUCCAAAGCCAUUAUUUAUUCCUCCGUGCCAGAAAACCACAUUUCAGGGGCUCUCUCUCCAAGAUGCCAAAAGGAGUAUCUCAAUUUUUUUCGUUGCUGAUGACAAGAGUUGCAGUUUUAACAUAGUAAGAAGAGGUCUUGAGGUCACAUCAAGAACUGCUGGGGCUUCAAAGCAAAUUGAGGUUGAGGUUGACAAGCCAUUGGGCCUUACUUUAGGUCAAAAGCCUGGUGGUGGAGUGGUCAUCACUGCUGUAGAGGGUGGUGGGAAUGCUGCAAAAGCAGGGCUAAAGUCCGGGGACCAGGUAAUGUACACUAGCAGUUUUUUUGGGGAUGAACUUUGGCCUGCUGAUAAGCUGGGCUUUACCAAAACUGCCAUCCAGGCAAAGCCGGACUCUGUCUACUUUGUUGUGAACAGAGGUGCUGAUGUAGAUGUCAAAAGAUUACCCAAGCGUCCAGCUCCUCCUCGCUUUGGGAAAAAGUUGACUGAGGCUCAAAAGGCUCGAGCAACUCACAUAUGCCUGGACUGUGGAUUCAUAUACACCUUAUCAAAACCUUUUGAGGAGCAGCCAGAUGAGUACACGUGCCCACAGUGCAGAGCGCCGAAGAAGAGAUUCGCAGGAUAUGAUGUUAACACUGGGAAAGCAAUUGGUGGGGGACUUCCUCCAAUUGGUGUCAUUAUUGGGCUUAUUGCUGGUGUUGGGGGAGUCGGAGCAUUGCUCGUUUAUGGUCUUCAAUGAACAGUUCAAACCUAUUGUUCCUUUUGUAAUUCUUUCCCCUAAACGGCUUAUAUUGCAUAUUUGCAUACGGUGUACUAAAUCACAAGAGCUAAGAGUCUGAAAACCUCUAUUGCACCAUGAAAUGAAUUGUAAAGGUGGACUAGACAUUAAUACCUACUUCCAGCAAUAGAUUUAUACCAAGGACCAUCAAGCGUAUCUAUUUUGUUUUUUAUUUUUUUUUUUAAGUAUAG